UUCCUUGUAGCUUUCACAAAGUUGAUCACAGUAAAUGGACAAGAAUAUCAUCUUCAACUUGUAGACACCGCUGGGCAAGAUGAAUAUUCGAUUUUUCCUCAGACAUACUCCAUAGAUAUUAAUGGCUAUAUUCUUGUGUAUUCUGUUACAUCAAUCAAAAGUUUUGAAGUGAUUAAAGUCAUCCAUGGCAAGUUGUUGGAUAUGGUGGGUAAAGUGCAAAUUCCUAUUAUGUUGGUUGGGAAUAAGAAAGACCUGCACAUGGAAAGGGUGAUCAGCUAUGAAGAAGGGAAGGCUUUGGCAGAGUCUUGGAAUGCAGCUUUUUUGGAAUCUUCUGCUAAAGAAAAUCAGGUUCGGAACCUGUAAAGUUCAUUUUUCUCU